CACCGGACAGCGCGUCCAAGCCGUGCCCCACCCCUAACUGCAUGGAUGCUUCAGUUCAGCAUCUUCAAGCAGUGCCCAGAGGAAGGAACUGACCGAGCGCUCGAGCGAAGGGAGGCAUCAAGCGCAUGCACCAGCGCUUUGUUUCUUCAGACAUAGAUUACUUGAGAGUAAGAAAAAAACUGAGAGAUCAUGGCAAACCGAGGCCCCAGUUAUGGCUUGAGCAGGGAGGUGCAAGAGAAGAUCGAACAGAAGUAUGAUCCUGAGCUGGAGUCUCGUCUGGUGGACUGGAUUGCCGCCCAGUGUGGGGGAAAUCUGGAGAGGCCACAACCAGGGAGGGAGAACUUCCAAAAGUGGCUCAUGGAUGGCACUAUCCUCUGUAAGCUAAUUAACAGUCUAUACCCACGUGGCAAAGAGCCCAUUAAGAAGAUCCAGGAGACUCCAAUGGCCUUUAAGCAGAUGGAAAAGAUCUCACAGUUUCUCCAGGCAGCUGAGGCAUAUGGAGUCAUUACCACAGACAUCUUUCAGACUGUAGAUUUAUGGGAAGGAAAAGACAUGGCAGCAGUUCAGCGAACUCUAAUGGCGCUGGGCAGCUUGGCUCUCACCAAGGACGACGGACAGUACCGUGGCAACCGAGACUGGUUCCACAGGAAGUCUCAGUGCAACAGGCGAGAGUUUUCUGAAGAGCAGCUGCGGCAGGGCCAGAACCUGAUCAGCCUGCAGAUGGGCAGCAACCGUGGUGCAUCCCAGGCUGGCAUGACUGGGUAUGGCAUGCACCGUCAGAUCAUGUAAAACCAGCUUCCCUGGCCGGCGAGAUGUCUCACACACCCAGCGGACCUUAAUCCCCCCUUAACCCUAGCCUUCGCUGAGCAGCACCUACUUCACUCAUGUGACUUGUCCCAGAAUGAUGACAAGUGUCAUGUGGUAGAGCACCUUCACUGUCAGAGGCCAAGUAUGUAAACAUUCAAAACCUUUCAAAACCAUCUUGAGAUUCCAUAUUUAAUUAACCAGUCAAAUAUUAGCAUGAUUAAUGAGUGAUUUUAUUUUAACUUUAGUGUAACUUAUACUUAUUUGUUUUUGAUGAAAGAAAAUUAUAUUUUAACAAAUAAUUACAUAUAUCUGAGUGAUUUUCAUUCAUGUAGUUCAGUGACAACAGCUGCCAUUAUCUAUGUAAGCAUUUAGUACUAAAUGUUGUAUCUUUAUUCAAAGAUAAAUGUUCAACUAAAUGUUGUAUCUUUGUUCAAAGAUAUACACCAUACAACAGCUUCAUGGUUGAAAAACCUACAUAAAUAUUGCUAUUGACCUUGUACAACAUGUGAAUGAUGAUCUGUAUUCACCUCUUCAAAGUGUUAUGUCAAAUCGACAAAAAUGUGACCAUAUGGGGAAGGUUAUAUGACACUCUAUCUGGACAUACAAUAUGUAUUUAUCUUUCUCAUUUAGAAGGUUUGUGAAUGUAUAAACCCAUGUUUCAUGUGAUGUUUCUUUGUUUUUUAUGUUUGGUGGAAAUGUUGAAUAAAUCAAUACACUAUCUUAAAA